GGUGAACGCUUUUCUGGAGCAGCAGCGGUUUCCCGACCAGCCUCUCGAGUGGGUCGGCUUGGAGGCGCGCAUGGAGGAGGAGCUGGACAUCGUGGGUGACCAGAUCAUCAUGGCAGACGAUCGUCGCCCAGACAGGCUGUGGGCGUCACCCGCGGCGGACGUGGCAUCAUACCUUCGGAGCUCGGUUGCGGCGGAUACGAAUUGGAAGGUGCGCCCAGAGUUGUCGGUCGUGGACAUCGAGGCCGGCACGGGCACGGAUCCUUCAAGCAUCCCGAGCGUCUCCAACGGGGUGUGGAGCAUGAAGGAGGCGAAGCAUGCCGUUGACGACACGAUG